AUGAGCCGCAGCCCAGAGAGGAUGUCCUCAUACCGCCGGCAUUUCGAGGGCACCGCGGCCGUGCCCUCCCUCUAUCGGCUCCGGGUGCGCAGCCCCUCUCCCACCCGCAGCGAAGCUCGGACCCGCUCCGCCAGCUACUCCCGAAGCGGAAUGAUGAUGGGGCGCAGGGCUCUGCCCAGCAAGCCACGUAUGACCAGCAGUAUGAGUAUGGAGUCAUUGUGUUUCGGUAUAUCCAUGGGGCUUGGGCCAAAACUGGAUCUGGAUUUGGCUGCAGCAGAGAACCAGCAGUUUAUGACCACUCGUACCAACGAGAGGCAGGAGAUGGUAGACCUCAAUGACCGUCUGGCCGUCUACAUUGACAAGGUACGUAGUCUUGAGUCGAAAAACAAGCUGCUGGAAGCUGAGAUUGAGGCCCUGCAGAGCCGCUUGGUCAAAUCAUCAGGCCUCAGGAAGUUAUAUGAAUCUCAGCUGAAGGAUCUCAACAGGACUGCUCAACAAAUGAGACUGCAGAGGGAUGUGGCUUUGGAAGCCAAGGAGGCCAUGUCAGGCCAGUUGGAAGUGAUAAAGGCUAAAUACCAGGAGGCUCUUGAGGCCAGGCAGAAAGCUGAGCGGGAUAUAGAGGCUCUCCGUCCGGAUGUGGACAAAGCUACAUCAACCCGUAUUGCACUGGAGAAACAGCUGGAAAACCUUGAGGCUGAGCUGGCCUUCCUUCAGAGGGUUCACAAGGAGGAAAUCGAGGAGCUGAUGCAGCAGAUCUAUUCGUCAGCAUCCAAGGUGGACCUGACUUUUGGUGUCCCAGACAUCUCCUCUGCCCUCCAACAGAUUCAGUCUCAGUAUGACAGCAUCGCUGCCAGAAACCUGCAGGAAAUGGACGCCUGGUACAAGACAAAGUUCCAGGACCUGAGCAACGCAUCCUCUAACCACGCUCAAAGUGUGCGAAGCAUGCGAGAGGAGAUCGCAGGCUCUAAAAAAGAUAUCCUCAACAAAGAGCGUGAUUUGGAGGCACUGAAAACAAAGAAUGAAUUUCUGGAGGCUCAGAUCCGUGAUGCAGCGGAGAGAUACAAGAAGGCAGAGGCUGACUUGCAGGAGCGUGUGGAUGCAAUAAACUUAGAGUUGACGGUGACCAAAGAGAAGAUUGCUCUGCUGCUGCGGGAAUAUCAGGACCUGCUGAAUGCCAAGAUGGCCUUGGAGAUUGAGAUCACCGCCUACAGAAAGUUGAUUGAGGGUGAGGACAGCCGUCUGAGCACCAUGGUGCAUAAAAUGUCCUUGACUGGAGGAACACCCUUGGCUUCCAGCACUAGUAUCAGUGCUGCCUCGGAUACUGCGGCUGCAGGACGGGGUGAAGCCACCACUGACAGGACCAGCGAUGGGGCUGAGAAGGCUCCAGGCUCCAACGGAGAACAAGCAGUGGCACCAUCAGAGGAUCAGAGAGACGGCAACAAAGAGGGGCAGGCCACCGAGACGUCUGAGAGGAAGACUGUCCUCAUCAGAACACUUAAGACGGAUGAGGACACUUAUGAGAGCAACACACAGGAGCGCACCAUCACUAUUUCUGGAGCGGCAGACGACACAGAGGAGGAAUAG